AUGCCUCCCAAACGUAGAACUACCGCGCCACCCACCGCGUCCGCGCAGCGACAGCAAUCUACACUCUCCUUUGCGGGCAAGAACAGCAAAGUCACCAAAGCAUCAUCCCCGCGAAAUGCGAAAUCGACGAAGAAAGAUCCGGCGCUAUUUGAAGACAUCGCACACACGGACGUGAAAGCCGAGGCAGAGCCAGAUGUCGACGAGACUACCACUUCUGAGGCCGCGAUAGAGGAUCGAGCACGAGACGAAGCACCAGCUGCCGAUCCGCUCGAUGGAGAGGUCAAGACGGAAGACGUAUUGGGCGGUCGCGCAGAAGAAAGCGAUGUAGGCGCAAUAGGAGGGAUAGGCUCAGGCUGGGUAGGCGAUGAAGAAGCCGAAGCCCGAAAGAUCUCGCAAGCGCAAAUAAACAAGUACUGGCGAGCCAAAGAGCAAGAACGCAAGGCGCCGAGAGUACAUCAGCAGGAUCUGAGUGUGCAUGAAAAGAUUCUGCGGGAGUGGGAUAUGAGUGGACAGUACGGAGUGAGUCUACUUUGAUUGGUAUUGUGAGACGCUCUGGAGACUAACAUGCUGCAGCCAUGCAUUGGUAUUGCCCGCUUAAAGCGGUGGAAGAGGGCGAAUGUGCUCGGCUUAAACCCUCCUAUUGAAGUUCUUGCGGUUUUGCUCAAGGAGAUGGAUGGUGGAGACAGCAAGUCGCAGAGAGCGUAUGUUGACGAGCUGAUGAGCUCGAAAGUUGUGGAGACUUAA